AAAUAACAUCGGGCUCGGAAUUCUUGUCGCGGAGGUUUUGCUUACUAAGUAAUAGUAAGUCAGUUACCGGGUGUGUGAAAUACUCGCAUUUAAUGCGAAUCUGAACAAUUUAAAGCUGAUUUUGAACAAACUUAACAUGGAGCAACAAGAAGUGGAGAUUGACGAUUCUCUCUACAGCCGGCAACGCUAUGUGCUGGGAGAUUCUGCAAUGAAGCAAAUGGCCAACUCCUCGAUUCUGAUAUAUGGUAUGGGAGGCUUGGGAAUCGAAAUAGCUAAGAACAUAGUAUUGGCAGGAGUUAAGAGUGUAACCAUCCAGGAUGGCCAACCAGCCGUCAUACAAGACCUGGGAACUCAGUUCUUCCUGAGAGAGGAGGAUGUAGGAAAAAACAGAGCUGAGGCCAGCAGUACGAGAUUAUCUGAGCUCAAUCCGUAUGUGUCACUCACUGCCAUGACGACAUCCCUAGAUAGCAGCGCGGACCUCGGAUAUCUGACAAAUUUUCAGUGUGUAAUUUUGACGGAAGUUUCUAUGGAUGUUCAAAUACGAGUGAACAACUUCUGCAGAGAGCAGACCCCUCAAAUCAAGUUUAUAUCAGCUGAUGUGUUUGGAGUGUGCUGCGGCACGUUUUGUGAUUUUGGAGACCGGUUUGAAAUCAUGGAUGCCGAUGGGGAGGAGCCAAAAGAGAUUCUAAUAGAGAAAAUAAGCAAGGGUAAUCCAGGAGUGGUCAUGUGCUUUAAAAAUAAAAUUCAUGGCUUUGAGUCUGGCGAUCAUGUGACUUUUAAGGAAAUCAACGGAAUGACAGCCUUGAAUGGUCACACCUGUCAAAUCAAAGUAACAUCACCCUAUUCCUUUGAAAUCUGUGAUACAUCAGGCCACGAGUUUGCACCUUAUGAACAUGGUGGCAUUGCCAAGCAGGUUAAAGUGUCCAAGAUGGCGUCAUUUAAAUCUUUAGAAGAGGAGAUUAGGAACCCGUCUCUUUUGGUUCCAGAUCUGUGUAAAUAUGAGGCUCCUGCUAAUUUGCAUUUAGGUUUCCUUGCUCUUCAUAAAUUUUACGAAAAAUAUCACAGAUACCCAAAUGUUUGGUGUGUGGAGGAUGCCAAUGAUUUUAUCUCAAUCGCUAAAACACUGAACACACAACUAACAAAUCAGGUAACAGCUGUAGAUGAUGGUAUUUUACGAGUUUUAUCGUACACCAGCACGGGUUGCUUGGCACCAUUGUGUGCUGUUCUAGGUGGCUUUGUUGCACAGGAAGGAAUCAAAGCCAUAACUGGGAAAUUUACACCUCUACACCAAUGGUUGUACCUGGAUUGUAGAGAAGUCAUUAACAAGGAGGAGGCUGCUACUCCAGAUAUAUUUACAAAGAGAGGUGACAGAUAUGAUGCCCUGAGGAUUUGCCUGGGACAGAGGAAAUGUGAGAGGCUGGCUCAGCUCCGACUCUUUAUGGUAGGAUGUGGGGCGAUUGGCUGUGAAAUGUUAAAGAAUUACGCUCUGUUGGGGGUAGGCCAGGGACCGAAAGGAUGUAUAACAAUAACUGACAAUGAUUUGAUUGAAAAGUCAAACCUGAAUCGACAGUUUCUUUUUCGGCCUGCCGACAUUCAGAAACCAAAGAGCACAACAGCAGCUGAGGCUGUUCUUCAGAUCAAUGCAGAGCUGAAUAUAAAGGCACAACAACAUAAAGUUUGCCCUCAGACAGAGGACAAAGUAUACAAUGAUGCCUUCUUUGAAAGUCAGAACUUGGUGGUGAAUGCUUUGGACAAUGUGGAAGCCAGGCGCUAUGUAGACAGUCGCUGUGUGACUAAUCAGAGAGCCCUGUUGGAGUCUGGGACCCAGGGAACCAAAGGUCAUGUACAGGUCAUCGUCCCACACAUGACCGAGUCCUACAGUAGUCAGAAUGACCCGAGCGAUGAGAGUGUACCGUACUGUACCCUUAAGUCCUUCCCUGCCAACAUUGAACACUGCAUACAGUGGGGCAGAGAUAAGUUUGAAAGUUCAUUCUGUGUGAAGCCAGACCUGUUCAAUAAGUUUUGGAAACUGAAUAAAGACGCCAUUCCUGUCAUACAAAGACUUAAGGAUGGACAGUCAAUAGAUGGCGCUGUCCAGGUCAGUAAAAUGGUGGCAAACAGGAGUGCCACCUGGUGUCAGUGUGUAGAGCUAGCACGACUCAAGUUCCAGAAAUAUUUCAAUCACAAGGCAAGGAAUCUGCUUCAUAUAUUUCCAAUGGACACAAAAAUGCCAGAUGGCUCCUUGUUUUGGCAGUCUCCCAAGCGACCACCAGUUCCUCAGGAGUUUGACCUACAGAAUGCAGUACACUUUCUCUUUGUUGUCAGUGCAGCUCGCCUAUAUGCUGGGGUGUUCAAUGUUCGCGUCACCUCAGGGGACACAUCGUUUGAAACAAUCAAGUCCAUAUUACAAAACAUGAAAAUUCCUGAAUACCGACCGACUAGCAAGAGAAUUAUAACUGAUGAAUCUGUCUCAAAACCAGCAGACGAGACGACAGGAAGUGGAGACGAUUUGGUAGAUGCUGCUAAUCGUCUGCAGUCGUCACUGAAUGAAACAGAUGUUGCACAAGUUUUAAGCUGCAUGAAUCCUGUCGGGUUUGAGAAGGAUGAUGAUACGAAUGGUCAUAUCGACUUCAUCUCCGCUGCAGCGAACUUACGAGGAGCCAUGUAUACAAUAGAAAGUAUUGAUCGACUGAAAGCCAAGAGAAUUGCUGGUAGAAUUGUUCCUGCCAUAGCAACCACCACAGCUACUGUCAGUGGAUUGGUGACAGUGGAGUUGAUAAAGGUAAUGGACAGUCUACCUUUAGAUGUCUACAAGAACACCUUCCUUAAUUUAGCCUUACCCAUCGUCUUACUGUCAGAGCCCGGACCAGUGGAGAAAACUGUCAUCAAGGAAGGACUGACGGUGACAAUGUGGGAUCGGUGGGAGUUACAUGGAACAGCAGAAUUCACACUUCAACAGUUUUUGCAACAUUUCAAGGAUAAAUAUGGAUUUGAUGUUAACAUGGUCAGUCAUGGAGUGAAGAUGGUGUAUGUUCCAUUCAUGCCAGGCCACAAAAAGCGGCUACCACAGCAGAUGCUGAAGUUAUUAAAGCCUUCCCCUAGACUACGAUACAUGGACCUAAUCAUUAAUCUAGAAGGAAGUGACGAUGAAGAUAUAGCUUGUCCACCUGUCCGGUAUUACUUCGGAGUUCAAUGACAUCUUAUAUUAAAUAGUGAUUAUUAUUUAAUUGAAUGGAAGUGACUUUAUAUUUAUGUAUAGCUGUUAUAGCAUACAUUGUAUGCUUGUCUCUGUCAUCAAUAAAAAUCAAUUUUACAAA